AUGGCAGUUCCUGUAGUUGAACUUUUCGUGUGUUUGGUGCUGAUACUUUUGCUAACACUUCCGGGCGUUUGUGAGGAGAAUACCCUAAAAAAACAAAGAAUCGAACAACUACAUCCUGUGUCGGAUUUCAGUCGCCACACACUCGUUAAACCAAAGAUAUAUCAUGGGAGAGAAAAAAGACGAAUUUCGGAUACCAAAGAAAAAGAAGGCAAGCAUGUGGAUUAUUUACAAAUCCUGUUGGAAUCGAAUAAUGGGGAUGACAUGAUGCUAGAUUUAACAUUAAAUCAGCAAUUAAUUUCCAAAGGAUUUUUCCAAAAACACCAACAAAAUGGAAAACAUGUAAUUCACAAGCCAGGAAAAGACGAAAUCAAUCACUGCCACUACAAUGGCAAAGUCCGAGGUAAGCCAGACUCUUGGACAGCCAUUUCCACUUGCGAAGGGCUUUCUGGUGUAAUUUUUGAUGGAACCGAGUUGCACUACAUAGAGACAAACAAAAUUAACGACACAUCGCCAGAGGCACAGCAUUUUAUGUAUAAACAUUCCGAUCUAAUGGAACAUAAUAAGACUUGUGGCUAUGGUGGAGACGCUAGGGAUCCAGAUCAUAAGCAUACAGCGACUGAUAAUAGAUUUCAUAGGUAUAAAAGAUCAUCUGAUAAUGCUCCUACAAUCCGUGGCCCAUACAAUGCAGACAAAAACUCAAAAUAUGUUGAACUAGUGCUAGUUGUAGACAACAGAGAAUUUAGAGAAUUAGGAGAGGAUAUAAGAAAAGUAAUUGAUCAUUGCAAAAAUAUAGCAAAUAUUAUUAAUUCCCUCUACGCACCUUUAAAUAUUUUUAUAGCCCUUGUGGGCGUAGUGGUGUGGACUGAACAAGAUGAAAUCAAUUUCUCAGAAGAUGGUGACAAAACACUCACAAAUUUUUUGCACUACAGACGAGAAAAACUAAUAAAACAACAUCCAAACGAUAAUGCUCAAUUACUCACAAAGUUUAAUUUUGAACAAGGUGUCGUUGGAAAAGCAUUAAAGGGACCAAUGUGUACUUAUGAAUAUUCAGGUGGAGUGAACACUGACCAUUCUCCAGUAGUGGCAUUAGUCGCUACCACUAUUGCCCAUGAAAUGGGACACAAUUUUGGUAUGGAACAUGAUACAGUAGAUUGCAAAUGCCCAGAUGACAGGUGCAUCAUGGCUCCAAGUAGCUCUACCAUGGCACCCACUCAUUGGUCAUCCUGUAGCCUAAACUAUCUUCUUUUGGCAUUUGCUCAUGGAAUGGACUAUUGCCUGAAAAAUAAACCUGCAUCACUUUUCGAUAGUCCAGUGUGUGGAAAUGGAUUUGUGGAAUCUGGAGAAGAAUGUGACUGUGGCUUACCUGAUCAUUGUGAAAAUCCGUGCUGCAAUGCCACCACUUGUAUGCUGCAUUCCAACGCAAGUUGUGCUACUGGAGAAUGUUGUGAUUUGAAUACUUGCAAGCCAAAAGUUGCUGGAACUAUAUGCAGAUCGGCUGAGUAUGAAUGUGACUUGUCUGAGUACUGUACCGGCCAAUCGGAAUUCUGUCCAGCUGAUAUCUUCAAAAUGGAUGCCGAGGAGUGUGAUGGUGGUAAAGCAUUUUGUUAUCACGGAUUCUGUAGAACUAGAACAGAUCAGUGCAAGUUGCUAUGGGGUGAAACAGGAAAAUCAAGUGACGAUCAGUGCUACGAUAUGAACGUAAAAGGAAGUAGACAUGGCAACUGCGGCUACAACAAAUUCAACCAAUCUUUUUUCAAAUGUGAUAACAAAAGUGUUCUGUGUGGAAUGUUGCAUUGCAGACACUUGAAUGAAAGAUUAGAAUUUGGCAUGGAAUCAGUAGCUAUUUUAUCUCAUAGUUUUAUAAACAAAAAAGGCUCAAUAAUUCCAUGCAGAACUGCCAUAGUGGAUUUGGGAACCAAUCAAAUAGACCCUGGAAUGACUGCUGAUGGUGCAAGAUGUGGUGAUGGAAAAAUGUGUGUCAAUCAAAGGUGCGUUGAAGCAUUAAGCUUGAGGAAACAAACUCCUAGCUGUCAAGAAGACUGUAAUGGUAAUGGUUGGUGCAACAACAGAGGCCAUUGUCAUUGUAAAGACGGAUUUGCCCCACCUAAUUGCAAAUAUCCUGGUCCUGGCGGUUCCGAAGAUAGUGGACCUGCUUCUGAUCCUAAUGCUCAUCAAGGUGUUGUAAUAGCAUUGUUUAUCAUAUUCCUAGGCGUUAUUCCAAUGCUUGCUGUCAUGGCAAUUUUGAUUUACUAUGCCAGAUAUAAUCUAAAAAUAAACUGGAAAAAAUUUCCUCCUGCAACAUUCAAAUCUCCCAGUAAAUCGCAAGGACCACCAUUUCCUGAGCCGUCAAAGAGUACUGAAGCAAAUCAUUCUCUGCUUCCCCAGAAUUCUUCACCAACUCAAGGAGUACAUAAUGAAUUUUUUGGCAACUUUAGAGAAUUCAGUUUGACUCCUAUGAAGAAUGAAGAGCCCAAAGUUGUUCGAGCAGCUCCACCUCCUCCAACUGCACCACCCGCAAUAAUUGACCCAAUCGGUUGGACUAAUGAUGCGCCAGCUAAUUAUCAAAAGCCUCCACCUCCAGUUCCAAAAAUUUCAGUUGGGCCUAUAGUGCAAAAAAUCAAUUCCUUUCGGAAAAAUACUUUAACAAAAGGUAUCAAUACUUCUACUGCACCUCCGUUGCCAUUACCAAACCCUGGAAGCAAUGCUAGACCUCUCAUCUCAUCCCCAGUGCUGGAAAGUUCUACAUCUAGUGCCAAAGAAGUGGUUUCGCCACUAAGAAAUGUAACCAAGACAUUUUCCAAAUCUGCUCUAGAAGCUCCUAAAAAUGAAGUUAAAAUGCCAGUUUCAAAGCCAGAUAUCCCUUUGGUGCACGAUACUCAAUUAGAUGUAAAAGUAGAACCCGCUAAGAAACCCGCUACAAAAGAAAAUUUUGGUACAAUUAGCCGAAUAGCUUCUUUUCUAAAACGAUACGACGAUGACAAAUCUCUGCCAAAGGCUGUGGCAAAAUCGAAUCAAAUUAAAGCCCAAAAAGUAUUGGAUAAAGAUGCUUUAAGAUCUUUGAAAAUAUCUGACCCAGUGCCUCAGACUCAAAUCGACAUUGCUAUAACAGCUUUACCUGUAGAAGCGGCGGCCAAAAAAGCUGUAGUCAUGAGAACUCAAAGCAUGAGAGCAACGAGCCCCAAAAAACGGACAAACAUACAGACUUUUGGAUUUAUGAGGCAGCCUGAUGGCUACAAAAGGCCACUAAGCAUUGCUAGAUCGAGACCAAAAAGUCCUCCACCUCCAGUUCCUCCACCAGGAGAAGGUAAAUCGUCUGAUAAAUUCAGUGAUCAGUAUGAUGACUGUUUGAAUGAAGCCCUUGGGAGAAUAAGUGAAAAAAAUAGUCCUGAGAGUGGUGAUAAUAUUUAUGCAGUCAUUGAUGAGUCACCUACGAGAGAAAUAAAGAAAGCUAAUAAUGCUCCAGAUGCUACAGACAGUGGAGUUUUGGGCGAAAUUGUAUCUGAAAUACAAAAUAGAAAUUUUGAUUCUAUUUACUCGACUUCAACGUUGAAGAAGAAAAAGGAAGCACAACGCGUUUCCUCACCUAACAGCUCCGACUAUGCAAAUUUAUCACCAAGUGAAAAUGAAUAUAGUAACAUGGGCAAUCUAAAGUCAAGUGCCAGCACUACUUCAAGUGGUUACAUAUUACUGUUCGCUGUCAAUGUGCCAGUCCAAGAACGUGUUAUUAAAAAACCAGAUAAAGACUCAAAACCUAUAUUGAGUUCUUUUAGAACUGAUAAUUCAAGACAGCCUUUUGGUGCUUCAAAAAAACCCAGUGAUCCAAGCAAUGAUAACAAGAAACCCAGUGAUUCAACCAGUGAUAGAAGUACCAAUAAAUCAGCGACUAUAAAAACUUCACCUAGUAAAAAUGUAACAUCUUAUACUAACACAAAUCCCUCAAAGACUGCCACAGUUAACAGGCAAAUAACUCCGCCUAACUUAAGAACCAGAAAACCUUCACCAACGAGGCCCCUUUCUCAAGCUUCAAUAAAGUCGAACCGAUCCAUAACAAACAGUCCUGACCUUGUUACAAGUUGUAACACGAAUUCAGGAAAUAAAAAUCCAGAUGUAGUGAAUAGAGGUUCUGCCAGUGCCAUCAACAAGAAGCCUUCAAUUACAGCUACUAAGCCGACAGUCACUCUUAAAAAUUCAGUCAAGGUCCAAAACACCAAAACUGGACCAUCAAUUCCAAGUUCCCAAGAAAAGAAGGCCGAAGUUAAGCCUCCACUAGCAUCCAAAGUGACCAAGGCUAAAUCAGAUGCAACACCUAUUAAAGCUCACUUGGUUGGAGUUAAAAAUGCAUCUAGAUCUAACUCGAAUGUAUCUUCUUUGCAACAAAAGUUUGAAGAGAAAAAUGGUUUUUGUAAUUUAACAUAUGUAGUAUUGGAGUUUGAACAAAUCAAAUUGAUUUAUAAAAUAUUAAACAAAACGCAGAAAUCUAAUAUAAGCUUUGCAAUGAAUAACGAUGUAGGUACAUUGUCACAAUACUAG